ACCGAUGAUGUGGCGAUCAUCACUUCUGCUGUUUCUGUUGCUGCUGAGGCACGGGGCUCAGGGGAAGCCGUCGCCGGACGCCGGCCCUCAUGGCCAGGGGAGGGUGCACCAGGCGGCGCCCCUGAGCGAGGCCCCUCACGAUGACGCCCACGGAGACUUCCAGUACGACCAUGAGGCUUUCCUGGGACGGGACGUGGCCAAGGAAUUCGACCAGCUCAGCCCAGAGGAAAGCCAGGCCCGUCUUGGGCGGAUCGUGGACCGCAUGGACCGCGCCGGGGACGGCGACGGCUGGGUGUCGCUGGCCGAGCUUCGCGCGUGGAUCGCGCACACGCAGCAGCGGCACAUACGGGACUCGGUGAGCGCGGCCUGGGACACGUACGACACGGACCGCGACGGGCGUGUGGGUUGGGAGGAGCUGCGCAACGCCACCUAUGGCCACUACGCGCCCGGUGAAGAGUUUCACGACGUGGAGGAUGCAGAGACCUACAAGAAGAUGCUGGCUCGGGACGAGCGGCGUUUCCGGGUGGCUGACCAGGACGGGGACUCGAUGGCCACCCGGGAGGAGCUGACGGCCUUCCUGCACCCUGAGGAGUUCGCCCACAUGCGGGACAUCGUGAUUGCCGAAACCCUGGAGGACCUAGACAAGAACAGAGAUGGCUACGUCCAAGUGGAGGAGUACAUCGCGGAUAGAGGGACAGAGACCCAUGGGGAGGAGGAGCCGGCCUGGGUGCAGACUGAGCGGCAGCAGUUCCGGGACUUCCGGGACCUGAACAAGGACGGGCGGCUGGACGGGAAAGAGGUUGGCCACUGGGUGCUGCCCCCCUCGCAGGACCAGCCCCUGGUGGAGGCCAACCACCUGCUACAGGAGAGUGACACGGACAAGGACGGGCGUCUGAGUAAAGCCGAGAUCUUGGGCAACUGGAACAUGUUCGUGGGCAGCCAGGCCACCAACUACGGCGAGGACCUGACACGACACCACGACGAGCUCUGAGCCCCAGUGUGCCCGUUGCAGCCUCGUAACCCAUGGGAUAACCCCAGGAGGGGCCACAGUAGCCAGGCCCCUCCCUGUCGCAGCCCUGUAGGAUGGGGACGCAGCCCCUGACGUCCCCCCGACCCUGGGCUCUCAGGGACCACCUGGGUCAGCUUCUCUCCCUGAGACUCUGCAGCCCUGCCCACCCUGCCCCGGGGGCUCUCACAGCCCGGGAGGGUGAGUGACACCCAUUUCUCACUGGCAGAAUCUCCCAGCCCAGACCCAGGGUCACCCAACGCUCAGCUUCCAGGAGCCUCCACCAACACCGCAGCUCCAGACCUGGGCCCCAGCCACACACUGAGAGA